AUGGCUCCCGGCCACCCCACGCAUCCCACCCAGCGAGUUCCCAGAAGAACCACAAAGCUUUCACAGAAGCUCACCGUCUUCCCCCUGGCUGCCGAUGACCGCACUGACGAUGAAUUCCAGGAAGACGAGCUGGACGAUCAGUUGCCGCACGUCUCGUCCAAAGUCAGGAAGGAGCAAUGGCUCAGCAAGCUGGAGAAGCAGUGGCUCCCCAGAGUAACGGCAUAUUGCACUGCCAACUCAUACAAUAUGGAUCGGCUCUACGAGCUGCUUCUAAAAUGCAAACACCAGAACGGCACGGCUCCAAAGCGUUUCGACGAAGUCAUAUAUACACCGUACUACUUCCAGCGGCCGACGGAUGAGCCCCUCAUUGACCUUGAGCAUGACCACGAAUCCAACGACUUGGAUAUUGACCACACUGUCGGCAUCCACGGGCCUGUCUCCGAUCCUGUCGAGAGCUUGGGUGGAUUCUUCGAGCAUAAUCUGGACGUCAAUGGCCGAGCCAUUCCUCAGACGCUCCCGCGAAGCAAGCUCGCCAAACGAAUCGCGCCUGUUGGCGAGUGCUUUUUCUUCGACUAUGGAGUUGUUGUAUUCUGGGGAUUGACCGAGAAGGAAGAAAAGCGACUGCUCCAAGAGCUAUCGCCAUUCGAGGAAGACAAGCUGGUCGAUCAGGAGGUCGAGACUGAAGAGUUCCACUUCCAUUACAACCCCUCGCAUCUGCCUCGGAUCUACAAUGACAUCAUCACCUUGAGGUCCCCGUCGACCAUGGUCAAGCUCACAAUCUCCCACGCGAUCGCACAGAGUGCCAAAAUGGCUCUGUUUGAGGAGCUGAUCGAAAAUACAAUCGAAGGCACCAAGAUGAUCCCGCAAAUCAUGGCCGAGACAGGCAAGAUUCACAUGUCGAGGAAAGCUAUCAAUCAAAAGAUCGGACAGCUCUUUGUCAUGAGAAUCAACGUCAACUUGGUCUCCAAUGUUCUUGACACGCCCGAGAUCUUCUGGUCCGAGCCGGCGCUCGAGCCCCUCUACAUUGCCAUUCGCGGCUAUCUCGAGAUCUCCCAGAGAGUCGAUCUUCUCAACCAGCGCGUCGCUGUGAUCUCUGAUCUUCUGGAUAUGCUGAAGGAGCACCUCAACAGCUUCCACGGCGAACAGCUCGAGUGGAUUGUGAUCACGCUGAUUGCCUUCGAGAUCAUCAUCGGCUUGGUCACCAUCAGCUUCGACUUGACUUCGUAUCUCCAGAACCGCGACGGCGACCUAUAUUAA